AUCAAAGAAACACUCAAGUAAGACAGUCGAGAAAUUCCUUUGACUAAAAUGCAUCCCUCUGUCAUCUUUCUGGGCCUUGCCAUUACAAUGUUGCUCUCCGAACACUGGGGAACUGCAACUGUGGUUGAAGACUUCAACCAUGUUGAAAGAUGCAAGGAUUCACUGUAUAUGGGCACCCCUCCACGCGGCUUCAGAAGUGACAAGCUCAAGAAGAUCUGCCAGCGCUACGCUGACAAACCCAGAUACGUGACUCUGUACGACUCCCAAAACCGAAUCCCAGUUUACUCUGCGUACACCUUCAAGAAAACAGAAGGCGAUCGGCGUGUGGACUACCCCUGGAUGUAUGAACCUCAGCUUGCAGAGCUUGAUGGGAAUGGGAACAUGUUGCCGUUCCCCACCGGAUACUUGCACAUGAAGUUUGAGGACAGCCAGGCGGUUUUGGAUGACUACUCUGACGUGGUUCUGUACGAGCGAGGCCAUCUGAAUCCAGACCAGCACCAGUCAGACCCCCAGGACCGAGCGGCUACCUACACGCUCACCAACGUCGUGCCCGAAAUCCGCGAGUUCAACAUCGGUCCAUGGCGCCAACACGAAGAGCGCAUCCGCGUGCGCCUCAACAACUUCUGCCGGGGCACAGCCUACAUCGUAACUGGGGUUACCACUACCGGAAACAUGAUCCGACGCAACAACCAGGACCGUGUUGCCAUCCCCGAAGAUGUGUGGUCUGCCUACUGCUGCACCGAGUACGACCGGAACGCGCCACACAACGUGCGCAUCCGUUUCCCUACCCAAGCGGCCCUCGCCAAGAAUGCAAAGGAGGGGAACACAGUCCAAGAGCUCUCAGUGCUGGAUCUGGAGAGCUACCUGACAAACAGAAUGGCCGUAGACAAGAACUUCCAGCUGUUCUAUGAUAACUGCGUCUCACCUUCACCUCUUCCUCCCUACCUUCAUCAUUCUAAAUGAUCCGACCUGCCUUCUGCUUAUAGCGGUUUCAUUUUUCUUGCUUUCUACUUUCCUCUAGCUUCUCUGUGUUUUCUUUAUAGAAAAUGAUUUGAAAUAACAACUAAAUGUAACAAUCUACAGAAUGGUUCGCAUUUGGUUCGCAUUAUUAUACAAGAUUUUUUUUUUUUAAAGAAAUUAAUAAGGAUGCGUUAAACUGGUCAAAAGGGCAGUAAAUACAUUUGAUAUAUAUGUGUGUGUGUAUAUAUAUAUAUAUAUAUAUAUAUAUAUAUAUAUAUAUAUAUA